AUGCCCCCGAGAGUAUCCCCCUCCCCCUCUCCUUCGCGGCCGCGGGAAUCACCUAUUGAGGUUCUCUACAACACGGCCGUCCAGUCUUUCGUCCGCCGCGAUCACCUCAAAACACAGGCAUCCCUCUCCCGUCUCCUCGAGCUCCUCAGAGCGAAACGCCAGGGCCCUCGCCAGGUCUGGUAUCAGCUUGAUCAAGAAGACGAAGAUGAUGAAUGGGAAGAAAAGGUUGCGAAUGAUGAAUGGAUGAUCAAGACUCUCAAAUUGGUCAUCAGCUCGACCGUCAACCUCUACAACGAUCCACCUCGCAAGACCCAGUCUCUCCCCCAAGUCCUCGUCACCCUUCUCCCUCCCAAAUCGCCCAAAGAGGUACUCUCGUACCUUCAGCAGCGAUGUCUGACUUCGUAUUACGGGACUAUAGCCCCACCUGUACCGUUACUCCCGCCUCCGCUGGUGUCGACUUUGACAUUGGCUUGCCUGAAGUUGGUGCCCUUGAAGCCCUCUUUGGACUUUGCCCAUGGGCUGUGUGAGAACUGGCUAGCAGCGCUACCAAAUUCUUUCAUUGACUUCAUCACCCCCUCCCCUACAUCCCGGCGUCCGAUGCACAAAACCGGCUCGACCUCUGCUGCACUCGAACACAAGCGGCUCGACGGUGCUCGGGAGAGGUAUACCAAAGUCAUCGAGCUGUUUGUUGGAGAGGUGCUUUGUCGAGAGGGAGAGUGGGAAAUGGCAAAGGCUUUCUUGGAGGGUGAGGGAGUGCUGAGUUCAAACAGGAAGGAGGUACUAUAUAAACACCUUCGGAAAAUGCAGACAAAACAAACUCCGCCACUACCUGCCCCUUCCCCAUCAUCGUCUCUCGUCCUACCAUCCUCUGAUCCGACACCCGAUCUGCAGCUACCGGGGUCUGCAAAGGGCAAAAACCGACGUCGUACAGGCAGUACAUCUUCUGCCAGCUCAAGUUCUAGCGAAGCUACCGCCCGGCCUGGUACUCUCCAACGUGGUCUGACAGCUGGUACCCCUCUCAGUAAAAGACUCGACAAGUUGAAGAAGGACGGGGAGCGGGAUGCGGCGAGCGACGGCUCUGGGUUUUCUCGGCUGUCGGAGAGCACGUUCAAGCCCUCGCUCCCUGGCACGCCCAUACCUGCUGGACACCCUGUUUCUGUGGCUGGCUUGUCGGGCGUGUUGAUAAGAGUCAUUGGCUCUUUACCUAUUCCUCAGAGUAUUCUAGGACGACUCCUCGCCCUGAGCGACUCAUCCCCAUACCUCAUGUCCCUGCCGCUUCCCCUCAUCCUCUUCCUUCUGAUUUUUCUUCGCUUCCGCCGCACCCAUCGCUCUCGCCCCCCAGCAUCUCAAUCUACGAUAUCUUUAGGCUCUCGAUCACAAGUCCAAGCCCGUCUAGCCCAGAUCCGGGCGGGGCAGAGGGGCUGGUUGGAAUGGGCAUGGUGGUAUCUCAAGUGGUGGGUAGCGAAAUUCGGGGGAGUGUGGAAGCUGGGAACGACUAUCACAUAUGUCUAA